UCACAUUAGUCAUCACAAGGUAGAGGCUAUACCCAGACCUAUAUUGCAAACACACCUAGUAUUUUAAAAAGAAAAAAAAAAGAAAAAAAAAACACUGGGUGGUUGCAAGGUCUAAACGGUUACCCAGUUGGUGAAACAAUCAGUUGUCUUCAGUUCACUCUGACCAGCCAUGCAUUACCUGAUGAAAACAACCUGCAUCCUGUUGUGUGUGUUCGCCGUCUUGCAUACCAGUGCAGGUGUGUCCUGCAAGUUUGGUGACAACGAGUAUGAAGCUGGUGAUGAGGUACCCGGUUACUCUGAAGACGCGAGUGAGCAGUGUUUCUGUCGCGUGAAGGCUGGCAAGGCUUCUGUUGAGUGCAUGUUCAAAGAGGAUGAACCGAUGUUCAGAACUCUCCCCACUAAAAAAUGCUCCUACAAAGGUGUUGAGUACGAGGAUGGGGAUGCCGUGCCCGAUUACCCCAACAAAGAGGGAUCUUGUUACUGUAAAGUACAGAGGAAUAAGGCGCUCAUUGACUGUUCUAAGGGAGAGACCAUUUGCCAGCACUUGCGUGUUAAAUGAACAAGGCUUUUCAUCAUAAUGUUGGGUCUGUGUGGAGACUGCUAUUGUGUGUGGACAUAUGAGGUGUGAGGACAACGGUAUGGUGAAGACAUCGGGGUGUGGAGGUGUGAGGGCGGAGGAGGUGUGAGGG